CUAUCAAUUUAACAUCUCAAGGUGGACUGCAAGGCCCAAUAUUUGUUCUGUUGUCAUCCUUCCAUUCGAAUCCUCGAGCAAACAAUUUCGGCGGCCAUGGCCGAAAAGCAGAGCCACUUCGUGGCAAUUUCAAGGAGAUAGCGGCUGGAUUGCACCGAUCCUCUUCAUCCAUGGAAGCCUCCACGCUCUCCCGAUCUCUCGCUUCCUUCUCCUUUUCUCCACGGUUCUGCAUCGCUCAACCCAAGAGGAAUCCCCUGAGUCUCGCGACGCGGAUUCCUUUCCUUCAUCACUGCCGCCACUUCCGAUCCCAAACCCCUCCUUUCUCCGUUCCUCACUCCCUCCCUGAACAGAUCACAAACAAUGCGCCGGAGACUUCUCCAGCUCCAUCGCCGCCGCCCCUCCUCGCCAACUGGACCCCUCCUCGUACCCUAUGGCGUGGCAUCUCGGCGCUUAUUCUCGCCGGCCAAGUCAUCCACCGCGCCCUCACCUUCCGCGUCCACCGCCGCAACACCCUCCAACAACUCGAUCGCGUUGGCCCGCGUUCCCUCGGCGUCUGCCUCCUCACCUCCGCCUUCGUCGGCAUGGCUUUCACCAUCCAGUUUGUACGCGAAUUCACUCGUCUCGGCCUCCAGCGCUCGGUCGGAGGCGUCCUCGCCCUCGCCUUCGCACGCGAACUCAGCCCCGUCGUCACCUCCGUAGUCGUCGCCGGCCGCGUUGGCAGCGCCUUCGCCGCCGAGCUCGGCACCAUGCAGGUCUCCGAGCAGACGGACACACUCCGUAUCCUUGGCGCCCAUCCCGUCGAUUAUCUUGUCACACCCCGCGUCAUUGCCUGUGCUAUCGCGCUUCCUUUCCUCACACUUUUCUGCUUCACCAUUGGCCUCGCGUCUAGUGCACUCUUGGCUGAUGCGGUGUUUGGCGUUAGCAUUGACAUUAUUCUCGAGUCUGCACGCCGUGCGCUGCGGCCGUGGGAUUUAAUCAGUGCCAUGAUUAAGUCGCAGGUGUUUGGUGUGAUAAUCUCUGUGGUCAGCUGCGCCUGGGGAGUUACUACACUCGGUGGAGCUAAGGGCGUCGGGGAGUCGACUACAUCGGCUGUGGUGAUUUCUCUUGUUAGCAUAUUCAUUGCUGAUUUCGCCCUUUCUUAUUGCUUCUUCCAGGGGGCGGGGGAUUCUCUCAAGCAUGCCAAUGGUUAAGCUGAUGGUGGCUUCGCUCUUUACAAUACCAAGUUUUGUCUCUUUAUCAAAGAGGAUGCUUUUCGUAGGAAGAGAAAGAGGUCCUAUCUAUCUGGUUAAGUUGGGCAUAUGCAGUGUGUUUCAGGUUUGCUUUGUUCUUCUCUAAAAUCAAGGUAUUUGUUUCAUCUAAAUUGGAGAAGGUGUAAUUUUGGAGUUACAUGGGAAUGUGUGCAUAGAAAAGCUCGAGGCCAUUAUUGAAAGUAUGUUGAAUUAUUCCUCAGUUGAAGUUUGUCUCUCUGGGCUGACUUUUUAUUUGGCAUUCUAAUGGCAAAAUGAGUUUCUCAAUUUUUAUG